UCGCAUCAAACCGCCAUACUAUUUUGUUUCGUGCCCUAAUUUGCCGUCACCGCCAACAUUGACUCGCAUCAAACCGCCAUUUCUAAUAUUCGCAUAUUCUCUCUCCUGUUCGUUUGAGUUCUAUCUAUUGUUCGUUUUAGUUAUCUCUCUGGCAUUGGAGUUGUAUUCUUCAUUAAUUGUUAUAUUUAUGUUGUAUCUAUUGUUUGUUUGAGUUUUGAGUUUGAGGAAGGUUUGAUCGAAGAUAGCUUAAAGCUUGCGUGAGUGUUGGUCUGCGAUGGGAGUUCCGGCGUUUUAUCGAUGGUUAGCUGAGAAGUAUCCAAAGGUGGUGGUGGAUGUGGUUGAGGAGGAACCGGUUGUGAUCGACGGAGUUACAAUUCCGGUCGACACGAGUAAACCUAACCCUAACAAGCUCGAAUAUGACAAUCUCUAUCUCGACAUGAAUAAUAUUAUACACCCUUGCUUUCACCCCGAAGACCGGCCUUCUCCAACCACAUUCGAUGAGGUGUUUCAGUGCAUGUUCGAUUACAUAGAUAGACUUUUUGUGAUGGUGCGGCCUCGCAAACUGUUAUACAUGGCUAUUGAUGGCGUUGCCCCAAGAGCUAAGAUGAAUCAGCAGCGGUCUAGGCGUUUUAGAGCAGCCAAAGAUGCAGCAGAUGCAGCAGCUGAAGAAGAAAAGUUAAGGGAGGAGUUUGAAAAAGAAGGCAGAAAGCUUCCCCCAAAACAGGAUUCCCAAGUUUGUGAUUCUAAUGUUAUCACACCUGGAACUGAAUUCAUGGCUGUUUUGUCAAUUGCUUUGCAGUACUACAUUCAUCUUAGACUAAACAAUGACCCUGGAUGGAAAUCUGUUAAGGUUAUCCUUUCUGAUGCAAAUGUUCCUGGUGAAGGGGAACACAAAAUUAUGUCGUAUAUUCGUCUUCAAAGAAAUCUUCCUGGUUAUGAUCCAAAUACGCGCCAUUGCCUUUAUGGUUUGGAUGCUGAUUUAAUCAUGUUGGCUUUGGCUACCCAUGAGGUUCAUUUUUCAAUCCUCAGGGAGGUUGUAUUCACCCCAGGACAACAAGACAAAUGUUUCCUAUGUGGUCAAAUGGGUCAUUUAGCUGCAGAGUGUGAAGGAAAGGCAAAGAGAAAGGUAGGGGAAUUUGAUGAGAAAGGUGAAGGUGAUGCUGUGCCCAAGAAGCCGUAUCAGUUUCUCAACAUUUGGACUCUUAGAGAGUAUUUGGAAUAUGAGAUGAGAAUUCCGAACCCUCCUUUCAAGAUUGAUCUUGAGCGCAUUGUUGAUGAUUUUGUCUUUAUGUGCUUCUUUGUCGGCAAUGAUUUUUUACCCCAUAUGCCCACGCUGGAAAUUCGCGAGGGUGCAAUAAACUUGCUUCUGGCUAUAUAUAAGAAAGAAUUCAGGGCAUUGGGUGGGUAUUUGACUGACUCAAGCAAGCCAAAUCUGAGCAGGGUCGAGCAUUUCAUUCAGGCUGUGGGAUCAUAUGAAGAUAAAAUAUUCCAGAAAAGAGCUAGGUUGCAUCAGAGGCAAGCCGAAAGAAUCAAGCGUGAAAAGUCGCAAGCAAAAAGAGGGGAUGAUGCAGAACCUAAACUCAAACCUGAAUCUCUUGUUCCUGUUGCUCGGUAUCAUGGUUCUCGUCUUGCUUUGGGUCCUUCACCUUCACCAUAUCAACAAUACCGUCCAGUGAGUUCGACGUGUGUGAAAAUUGAAAAUUCACUUGGGAAUGUUACUGCGGGUAUGUCAACUCUUGAUAUUCAGAGUAAGCAGUCAGGGAUAUCUGAUGGUAGAGGUGCCUGUGUCCGGGCAAAAAAAAUUGCACGUUUGUCUUCUGGGACCACCAUUGGUGCUGCUAUUGUUGAAGCAGAGAAUAGUAUAGAAAUAGAAUCAGAAGAAUGUGAAAACAAAGAAGAACUGAAAGCAAAGCUAAAGCGGAUACUUCGUGAAAAGUCUGAUGUUUUUAACUCUGAAAAUCAAGAUGAAGACAAGGUCAAAUUGGGAGAACAGGGGUGGAAAGAGAGAUACUAUGAAGAAAAGUUUUCUGCAAAAACUCCCGAGGAACUUGAAACAAUACGUAAAGAUGUUGUUUUGAAAUACACAGAAGGUUUAUGUUGGGUUAUGCACUAUUAUUACGAAGGGGUUUGUUCGUGGCAGUGGUUUUAUCCCUAUCAUUAUGCACCAUUUGCUUCUGAUCUCAAGGAUCUUGGGCAGUUGUCUAUAAGCUUUGAACUAGGUUUUCCAUUCAAACCAUUUAAUCAGCUUUUGGGGGUUUUUCCAGCUGCAAGCUCCCAUGCACUUCCUGAGCGUUAUAGGAAAUUGAUGACAGAUCCUAACUCACCAAUUAUAGAUUUUUAUCCGACUGAUUUUGAAGUGGACAUGAAUGGAAAGCGGUUUUCUUGGCAGGGUGUUACCAAAUUGCCUUUCAUUGAUGAAUCCCGCCUUCUAUCAGAGGUUGAAAAAAUUGAACACACUUUAACGGAGGAGGAAGUACGGAGGAACAGUGUGAUGUUUGACUUGCUUUUUGUGGCAUUAUCUCAUCCCCUAUCUCCAUAUAUAUUUUCUCUUGAUGACCGUUAUAAACAUUUGCCAGACAAAGAGAGAAUUGAAAUCAAGGAGCAACUUGAUCCGAGGGCCAGUGAUGGGAUGAAUGGUUAUAUAUCACUUUGUGCUGGAGACCCUUGCCCUCCAAUUUUUAGGUCACCUGUUGCAGGACUGGAAGAUAUUAUGGAUAAUCAAGUCAUUUGUGCUAUAUACAGACUUCCAGAUGCUCAUAAACAUAUAGCUCUACCACCAGCUGGAGUUAUUUUCCCAAAUAAGACUGUUUCGGUCAGGGAUCUUAAACCUGAGCCCGUUUUGUGGCAUGAGGAAUCUGGGAAGAAGCCAUGGGAGAAUGGAAGGCAAAACAGCCCUGGAACUAUUUUUGGUCGGCAGCUUGGGGAGGCCGCACAUCGGCUUGUGGCUAAUAGCUUACAGUUAAAGGCAGGUCAGAAUGGUUAUGGUGUUCGAAAGUAUGCUCCACCCCUAUCCUAUGAUGCUGCGCAUAGACCACAUUUUUCCUCUUACCAAGGUAACCGAUACCAUAGUCAGGAAUAUGAUAGAAAGGUUGCACCUAGAACAGGCUAUCCUUCUCAAAGUACACAUGGUCAACCCCGGUCUUCAAAUCCUAUUACUGUACAGAAUCACUUAAACUGUAAUUAUGGUCGACCAUAUGCUUCAUCUACUGCACGUGCUGCUUACAAUCGAUCACAACCUCAGCAUGAAAGGAACAACCGAUAUGCCACCCAGAGUAGGGAGCACUCAAUGCAGGGAUACUACCCAACAGGGUUCCAUCAAAAUGGUGGAAAUAGGUACCCUUCACAUGCCCCUCCACGGCAUGCAGUUCAAAUUCCCGUACCAGUUCAAACUCCUGCUCCAGUUCAAAAUCCCGUACCAGCGGGUGCCUAUUUUCAUCAGCAAGGAGGAUACAACAGUUUCGGGAGCUACCAACCAUACAGAGCCACUGGUGGUUAUCAAUGGGUUCCGGUAAACCAGAGUGUUGGCAGAGGGAAUGGUCAUCCCCAACAACCGGGCAACCAAUUCUCAGUGGGAGCAAGUAGAAGACCGCCGCCGCCACCACGUGGUUAUGGCCAGUAGAGGUAUAUUUUCUAAUUGUCGCCCGACAUUGCCAUCUUCAUGGUAGUGUUGUACCAUGUAAUCCAUUCUCAAAUGUCCGCUAAUUGAAAUUUCAAUUCAUUGUCAUGUUUACCUUUAUUUAUUUGUUUAUUUUAUGAACGAGAAGAUUUAGUUUAGGUGAUUCUCAUUUAUUUGGAUCUGUUCUAUUGUAUUCUCACCUACUUUGUAUGGGGGCAAAGUCCUGAAUCUUGAUAAUAGACCACAAAAGAUUUGAUAAAUGCAUACAAGCCUAUAUUGUUCUAUUGGGUA